AUGUUUCCAGUUCUAGUGAUGAAUGUGGUUAAGGGGUGUACAUUUGGAGAGAAAUUGAAGAUGAGUGUGAUUCAAUCUUUUUCUUCCCGUCUAGCUGAAGCCACUGCAUGCAUAGAAAUGGAUAAGAAGUGUACAAAAGGAAAAUCAAAGAAUGCACUUUCUGAUAAUAGUGGAGAAGAUCCUCAUGCUGAUGUAGCCACUAAAUCAAAACAAAAGAGAGUGAGGUCUGAGGUCUGGGAAAAUGCGCCUGGUUCUCAAAAAAUGCCAAAGCGAACAGUUGCCUCCGCCACCUCCAAGCAUAAAUCAAUACGCUCGUCAGAUAAGUUCAUGAUUGUUGAAGCUAAAAGAAUUCAAGUAGUGAAAGAUGAGGAAAAAGCUAUAAGCUCGACAACUGACCAGGUUGAUAUUAAGCCAAACAGACGAUUGACAGAUUUCAUCUUUCACGAUGCAGAUGGAAAACCACAGCCUGUUGAGAUGCUAGAAGUAUAUGAUUUAUAUGUUUCUGGUCUCAUUCUGUCAUUGGAGGGAACUUCAGGCGAAGAGAAGGAUACAGGGUUCGAUGUGAAGGAUUUGGACCCAUUGAAUCUUGGGCAAUAUCUGGGUAUGAAGAUGGCUCACCUGUCAUAUGGUUCUCCACAGAUAUUGCUGAUUAUGACUGUGUUAAACCUGCCACCAGCUACAAAAAGUUGUAUGGUCUUUUCUUUGAAAAGGCUCGUGCAUGUGUUGAAAUUUAUAAAAGACUAUCAAAAUUUUCCGGAGGCAAUCCUGACCUUUGUGCGGAUGAGCUACUUGCAGCGGUUGUCCGCUCACUUAGUGGGAGUAAAAUUUUCCUCGCGGAGCAUCUAUGAAACACUUAAUUAUUUCCUGGGGUGGAUUCAUAUAUAA